GGUAGAUAGCACUCGUAACGGUGCACUUGUAUUCAUGUCACGCUCAUAUGACAUACAUACCCACACAUGUUUUGGAGGUACGGAUAUCAUAACAGGAACGUGAUCAUCGUGAGUGGAGAGGUACUACAUUAAACCAGGAAAUGAAAAGCCGUCUUCUACAGAUCUUGAUUCUACUGCUGUCGUGUGUUCGUUUGUGUUCCAAAACAACACAGCCUGAUAUAACAUACACACACAAUGGGAGGACGUGUGUCAAAUGUCCUCCGGGGACUUACCUGAUUAGCCACUGUGACAAAGAAAACGAAGUAGGUCAAUGCCGAUUGUGUCCAAACGGAACAUAUAGCUCUCAAUACGACAUCGCUACAUCGUGUGCACCGUGUAAAGAGUUUUGUGAAAACAAAGACCUAGUGGAGGUUAAAAAGUGCACAAAACUGACGAACAUGGAGUGUGCUUGUCCAAAUGGAACAUUCAAUGUUAAUGCAGAUCUUCCCUUGAGCCAUGCCAAGUGUAUACCUCAUGGUGUCUGUGGUCCAGGGUACGGAGUGAAAGUCCAGGCAACAUCAGUUAAAAACACGAUAUGUGAGAGGUGUGGGAUUGGAAAGACGUAUUCCUUAACCACCUCGGCGUCAGACAGAUGUCAGCUAUGUACAAAUUGUGGACAGUUUGAUGUCAUUGCAGAAUGCAACACAACACACAACCGUAUUUGUGACAUAGAACCCAAGAACAUCCCAUACCAACGCUGCGACACAGAUGAAUACACCCUCACAGAUGUUAUGACUGGAGGAAUAAUUGGAGCAGCUAUUGGAGCUAUAAUAGUAAUUGGAAUAAUGUUAUUACUCUUUUACGAAAAGCUACCCUGCUUUUAGUCAGAAAAUCAACAACAAAGUCCAAGUGUUCCUACCAUAAGUGAUGGGUUCAUUGAGGAGAUUGAUAUCGGCAACAACAAGGGCAUUGUUAAGGAACAAAUCAAGUAAUGUCAUCAUGGAGUGGACGUCAGGGAGCAUCACCAAGAGUACUGAGGAAUGUUUGGCGUACGGGGAAUUGUGAUGUAAUCCUACAAGUGUAACGAGGACAAUAUCCACAAGUUUAAAGAACAAAGCAAAAUUUCAAACGAGAGGAUCUAUAGUAUGUUUUGGUAGUUUGAUUACAGGUAUGAUAUCUGGAUUACAGGUAUAAUAUCUGGAUUACAGGUAUGAUAUCUGGAUUACAGGUAUGAUAUCUGGAUUACAUGUAUACUAUCUGGAUUACAGGUAUGAUAUCUGGAUUACAGGUAUGAUAUCUGGAUUACAGGUAUAAUAUCUGGAUUACAGGUAUGAUAUCUAGAUUACAGGUAUGAAAUCUGGAUUACAGGUAUGAUAUCUGGAUUACAGGUAUGCUAUCUGGAGAACAGGUAUGCUAUCUGGAGAACAGGUAUAAUAUCUAGAUUACAGGUAUGAUAUCUGGAUUACAGGUAUAAUAUCUGGAUUACAGGUAUAACAUCUGGAUUACAGGUAUAAUAUCUUGAUUACAGGUAUGAUAUCUAGAUUACAGGUAUGAUAUCUGGAUUACAGGUAUGAUAUCUGGAUUACAGGUAUAAUAGCUUGAAUACAGGUAUGAUAUCUGGAUUACAGGUAUGAUAUCUGGAUUACAGGUAUGAUAUCUGGAGAACAGGUAUAAUAUUUGGAGUACAGGUAUAAUAUCUGGAUUACAGGUAUAAUAUCUUGAAUACAUGUAUGAUAUCUUGAAUACAUGUAUGAUAUUUUGAUUACAAGUAUGAUAUUGUGAUAAGAUGAAGUCAAGAGUAAGAGUGGAUUGAAUCAGACACGUGUUUCCGGGGAGCAAGAAUCACACAUUUGUACAUUUGUAAUAGGCAAGUUUUCUUGUGCAAUAGUUUCCUGUUUUUAGAAUAUGAGGGAAGGUAUUUUGGAGUUUGGGGUCGUAGUCGUGUGUAUUUGGAAAUAGUAUAAAUCAAUUUUGUUGGUCAAAGUUCAAUUAUUCCAUCAACAGAAAUGUUGCAAAUUGUGUACACAACAUUGACCAGCAAGACUCCAGCAGAGCGAUAAGCUACUCCAAUAAUCCAGUGACGCUCCACAGUAUUUCAGUUGUUUUAGGGAUAUUUCUUACAUUACUUCUGUUGAUGAAGCUCGGGUAGGAAUACGUCUCUGUAUUACCCCUUGGGAUAACAGAGGAUGUUUCCUGAUUUCUCAAUGUGGCUAUAUUGUCUUAAAUGUAUCGACAUGUGAAUCUAUGUACUAAAUGUGGGGAGAUUAAUCGAGAUUUGGAGAAAUUCUAAGAGGGAAAAACUUUGAUUGCCUUUAUUAUUUUGGGGGAGUCUACGUGUAUUAGGCCAUUAGAUUCAUUUGGAUGGGUUGACGAAUUUCAUUUGUAGGAGGGGUAACUGGAUAGAAAAUGUUUUAGGGAAUUUAUUAUUCAUCACUUUUUGAGGUUGUACUUUAAUCAAUAAUGUUGGGUAAUUGUUUUGUAUAUUUUUAAAGGCUAGAGCUUAUCUCGGCUAGGGUCAGAUACGAUUAUAUGAACAUUGAAUGUGUAUUGAGUAUGUGUCCACAUCUUUCAUUGUAAAUAUUCAUUAAUAGUUAAUUAUUGCUGCGAAUGGGGUGGGAGAGUUGUAGAGAAUAUGUAUCUAGAAUAAAUGUAUGACUAUAUAAUUGUUGUGGAGUUUACAAAAUAAAUUGUUCACCUUGAAGAAACUUGGUUAUAUGUGAGCAGAGACCAAGGCCAUGGGGAUAGUAAUAGCAGAGCCUGAGUAUUCUCGAACCCCAAUAGUAAUAGCAGAGCCUGAGUAUUCUCUCACCCCAAUAGUAAUAGCAGAGCCUGAGUAUUCUCUCACCCCAAUAGUAAUAGCAGAGCCUGAGUAUUCUCUCACCCCAAUAGUAAUAGCAGAGCCUGAGUAUUCUCUCACCCCAAUAGUAAUAGCAGAGCCUGAGUAUUCUCUCACCCCAAUAGUAAUAGCAGAGCCUGAGUAUUCUCUCACCCCAAAGUUGUAUUGGUAAGAUCACUAACGGUCUAAGUGCAGACAACUCUAUUGGAUUUUGAUUAUCUCCCUUUGGUAAACUGACAAAGACAACAAAUCAACAAAACGAGUGCAUAGAUAUUCAUACAGUAGAUGUUGCAGCUGGAACCCGUGAAAGGACUACGACAAAAAUGCAUAAUAUAUUUGCAUCGGUUAGAAUUACUAGACCAUUAGUGAAGUUUUUAGGGAUUUGGUAUCCAUCCAAUUUAUACCAACCAUGUAGUAGUCAGUCAUACUACCGUGAUUAUUUGUAGAAGAACCUAACCACACUGCCUGCUUCAAUGUUCUAAUUACGGAUAUUUUGCAUUAAAUAAUGGAAGAAAUUAUGACUUAUAGCUGUUCUGAUCUCAUUUAGUACAUCCUUCCCCUGUUUGACGAGGGGGGCCUCUUCUUAUCUCAUUUAGUACAUCCUUCGCCUGUUUGAUGAGGGGGGCCUCUCCUGAUCUCAUUUAGUACAUCCUUCGCCUGUUUGAUGAGGGGGGCCUCUCCUGAUCUCAUUUAGUACAUCUUUCGCCUGUUUGAUGAGGGGGGCCUCUCCUGAUCUCAUUUAGUACAUCCUUCGCCUGUUUGAUGAGGGGGGCCUCUCCUGAUCUCAUUUAGUACAUCCUUCGCCUGUUUGACGAGGGGGACCUCUUCUUAUCUCAUUUAGUACAUCCUUCGCCUGUUUGAUGAGAGGUAACUCUUUCGAUCUCAAUUAGUACUGUAACAGAGUCGAAAACGUGUCUAUUUGAUAGCACUUUAUAGGAUAUUUUCUAUUUUUAUUGUCUCACUGUUGUGCCUUACCAGCCUUAAUAAGUGUAUAGUAUUUACGAGCAGCCAGGAUAAAUUGUGUGUUAUAAUCCUCUAUGUUUUAAAAGUUAAAAGUUGUUUUUAUAUAUGAAAGUUGUAUAAAUGCUAGAAUAUGGCUCUGUCAUAUAGGCCAAGUUUGUAAAGUUUAUAAAGUUAAAAGUGUUUUUUUACAUAGGAACUAUAGUUUGUAAACUCGGUGGUGCUGAUCAGCUGAUUGUGUCCAAGAGUAUGUUGUUUUCUGAUUGUAAAUAUUAUUUAUUACCGCCAGAGAGUGUUGAGAUUAGUGAAAAUGAUGUUUGAGCGACACGUUGAUCAAGUUUCAGCUUGCUAAAUAUUUUUUUAUAAGUAUUUUUGUGUAUCCUAGGGGUGUUGACCUAAAGAUAGGGUCGCCGCCAUCUUUGUUUACAUUGGCAACACACAGCCAAGGGUGUGUCUGAUUUCCGAACAAGUGUAUGAUUUAUGAGCCAAAUCAUUUUAAAUUUAAAUAUCUUGUCAGAAACCUUAUCCAUCCAUACUUUCAUUAGUAAACGGGCUAAUCACGCUAUAUAGGGCGAUUGUUUGUGCAGCGUCCAUCUGCUUCCCCCGAGCAACUGUUGUAAAUGGCAGAACAGUGAACUGACGACAAACGCAGUUAUUUCACGAAUUCGACAUUUUGGAAAGCUAAAUUUUAGUUAGAAAAGGUUUGUUUGCAUUGCUAUGAUACGCUUAAUAAUGUUUAUGACAAUAUUUUAUUACGUACUUAUUUGGUAGAACUAUUGUUAUGUAUAUGGUGACAGUCUUACUGGUCUGUGAGAUAUCUUAUAAGUGUACAAUCUAGGGGAGAUAAUCUAACUCCAUAUGUAUAUGAGUUAUUCCCCUUUGUUGUAAUUCGUUUCGUUUGUAAGAUACAUUUUGAUUAUUCAUAUAAAGACUUGGAACUGGAAA